AUGCCUGUCCGCCUAGCGCAGCCUUCGGAAGAAUCCGCCAUAGUUUCUGUCUGCACCGCAGCGUUCUUCAACGAAGAGCUGUUUGGCGUUACAAUCCAUCCCCAUCGCCAUGAGUACCCCGAGGACAUGAGGAUCUUCUGGCACGACUGGGUUCGCAAUGAUUGGAAAAAUCCUCGAGUCCGGAUUCUUGUGACGACUGCAAUGGAAGAAGGGCAGGAGAAGAUUUCAGGCGUGGCCAUCUGGGAAAGACAGGGUAGUGAUGAAGGCGCAAAGAAGGUGCAGGAGGAGUGGACAGAUCCCUGUGAUGUCUUCCUGCCUCUUCCGUCUACAGAAAACCGCGCUCUUGACCCCACUAAACGCACCAUUCUACAAGACUCGUAUCCUUAUUUCGCACACCAUUGGGACGGUCCUCGUGCUAACAACUGGUAUCUUUCUCUCUGCUGCAUUGAUCCUGCUUUCCAGAAGCGGGGCUUCGGCUACGAGCUUGUGGAUUGGGGCGUGAAGAAGGCUAGGGAAGAGAAUGUCCACGCGAGCGUGAUAGCAAGUCACGAGAACGAAAAGUUCUACCUUCGAUGUGGGUUCGAUGAAAUUGUAGGGAAUGGGUGUGAGGGGGAGGGCAAUCCGUUGGGAAUAGCGAAUGUCAAAGGCGGGGAUAUUCUGUUUAUGUGGCCGAAGGAAGCUGGGAAGGAGUAG